GUGCGUCUGACAUGUGAUAACUCUGGCGUUGUGUGAUUCUUCUAGAUUUAACUACAAAAACUGAACCCCCGUCUGUUCCAGGCACCAUGCACGAACGAGUCCUGCCGGCUUCUCCCAACUGGUACUGCUCCCGGUGUAGCGACCUGAGUGAAAGAGGCGUCCUGGGCUUCGGAGCCAGAGAUCUGGUUUAUCUGGUCGACGUUUCUGCAUCAUCUUGCAGGGUCGUGGGUGAGCUGGUGGGUCACAGAGGACGGGUGUCGGGUUUUUCCUUCUGCCAUCAUGAGGGCCAGAGUCACAUGUGUGUCAGUUCCUCUGAUGAUGGCACAGUUAAGUUCUGGGACUCUGAUGAAAAGGUGGUUUUAAAGGAGCAUACGUUUCACCAGAACACCAUCACAGCGGUGCACUGGUCCCCGGUAGAUAAAGGCCUGGUGGUGUCCGGGGACGAGAAGGGCGUCGUGGUCUGUCACUGGUACCACACGGGGGACACGGCCAGCUUCUUCCCAGAGCCCAGGACCAUCUUCUCCCUGUCCUGCUCGCCACACAUCUGGAGCUUGGUGGCUGUGGGGUACAAAGAUGGGAUGAUCGUGCUGAUUGAUGUGAGCAAGAAAGGAGAGGUGGUGCAUCGGCUCCGGGGUCAUGAUGAUGAGAUCCACUCGCUGACCUGGGCUCCCACAGCCGGUGAGGACGGGCUCUACAGCAGACCUGAUGACAGCAAGGCCGAGAAUGGAGUCAGUGAAGGAGAGGAGCGGGAGGAAAAGAAGGGCUGCUAUCUGGCAUCCGGGAGCAAAGACCAGACCAUGAGGAUAUGGACCACAACAACGGGCAAAGGUGUGAUGACCCUGAAGCUUCCUUACCUAAAGAGAAGAGGAGCCGGGGUUGACCCCACCGUCAAAGACAGACUGUGGCUAACCGUCCACUGGCCCAGAGGAAGGUCCAUGCAGCUUGUGUCAAGCUGCUUCAGUGGCGAGCUGUUGUUGUGGGAUUUGACCAAGACGGGGAAGCAGAAGUGGAGUUUGCUGGGUGCUUCGUCAGAAGGCCAGAACCACAGCAGGAUCAUCUUCAACGUGACCUCUGUGAUGCUGGGUGACGGCACAGAGCUGCUGAUCAGCACCUCCAUGGACAGAGAGAUAAAAUGCUGGGACUUAUCUUCACUGGACUGCUGUUGGACCUUACCGACGCUGGGCGGCUUUGUCUACUCUCUGACCUUCUCCCCCAUCGGCACUGGUUGCCUGGCUUUGGGUAUCGGUGACAACAUGAUCCGGGUGUGGAGCACCCUCUCCAUCCAGAAUCAGUACGACACCAGAACCUUCUGGCAGGGAAUCAAGUCCAAGGUCACAGCGCUUUCUUGGCACCCACAAAAAGAAGGAUCCUUGGCUUUUGGAACGGAUGAUGGUAAAGUUGGUAUCUACAACGCCUUCUCUAACAAGCCUCCCCAGGUGUCUGCCUCCUAUCAUAGAAAAACUGUGUACACGUUGGCCUGGGGACCCCCCGUCCCCCCCAUGUCAUUUGGCGAUGCAGGAGACAGGCCAUCCUACACCUUGUACAGCUGUGCAGGUGAAGGCCUCAUCCUGCAGCAUGACCCCUGGCAGCUGAAUGGAGAAGCCUCCAGUAUCGACCAGGUCAUCAGAGACACCAACGACAUCAAGCACAAGCUGUCCCCGCACACAGACCUCAGCUGGAAGCCGGAUGGGAGAGUUGUUGCCAUCGGCAAUGAGGAUGGGUCCAUAGAGGUGUACCAGGCUCCCAGUCUGAAGCUGCUGUGUAGCAUCCAGCAGCACCACAAGAUCAUCAACACGCUACGCUGGCAUCCCGACCACAGCUCCCCGUCUGAUCUCCACGGCCUCCUGGCUUCAGGAUCCAGCAAUGCAAAGGUCUACAUUCACGACCUCCGCUCAGUCAUAGAAAACCCACCAGAUAGUCCCGUGGUGAUGACGGAGCCGUACCGGACGCUCAGCGGUCACACAGCCAAAGUCACCGCCAUGGCCUGGAGCCCGCACCAGCCUGCCAGGCUGGUCACGGUCUGCUAUGACAGCACAGCCCAGGUGUGGGACGUGCUGACAGAGGAAGGGUUAAGCAACUACCGGGGUCACAGGGGUCGUCUGCUGUGUGUGGACUGGUCCCCUGUGGACCCCGACGUGGUCUGGACCGGCGGGGACGACUUCACCGUACAGGAGUGGAGCAUCUCCAAACAGGAGUUCAAAGUGCCACCUAAAGGUAAAAAGUCGAUGGAUCUGAGGGAGAAGCAGAGCACUAAAGCCAAACAGCAGCAAAAGAACAAGAAGAAGAAGAAGACGCCGUCGACUGGAGGGGUGAUGGCGGGAGAGGCCCCGCCCCCUUCAGUCAAUGGAGAAGGAGGAGCUGCAGGAGGACGGGCCGCUGCCUCAGGAUUGGAGCCCUGUGAUGAAGACGAGGAAGAGGAAGAAAAUGGGAGCAGCGGCAGUCCCGUGCUGCCACCAGCUUUCACUGAGAUGAGCAGGAAAUGCACUCCAGCCUUUAAGAGCAAAGAUAAACCAGAGUUGCUGUCUGUGAAGAAGAGGAAGCCUCGCUCUAUGCUUCCUCUCAGCACAUCGAUGGACCACCGGCCCAAAGAGGAGCAGCUGCAGGACUGCGUCACGCUUGCCACCAUCCGACACAGUCCAAAGCCGCCAUCAGGUUGUGUCCCCGGCCAAGGAGACCACAUCCACCUCGGCCUCUUCUCGGACAGACAGGCUCUGUACCGGAUGUUCCAGGAGGAAGAGCAAGGCCAUGUGGAGGCGGGUCACUACGAUUCUGUCAUUUACCUGCGGCUGUGGAGCGGAGACCUGGAGGGGGCGCUGCAGGUUGCCACAGAGAGAGGAGAGCUCAGCGAUCACCUCCUCUCCGUCGCGCCAAUGGCUGGUUAUGAGGUUUGGUGCCGGGCGGUGGAGGCCUACGUCAGACAGCUGUGUCUGCAGGAGCAGUACCUGAAGGCUGCCUCCCACCUGCUGUCAAUCAACCGCGUGUACGAGGCCGUUGACCUGCUGCGCUCACACAAGCUCUAUAGGGAGGCCAUUGCCCUGGUCAAGGCCAGGCUGCCGUCAGAGGAUCCUGUCUUGCAGGAGCUCUACACCUCCUGGGCUGCUCUCCUGGAGAAAGAUGGACAUCUUUCCUCCGCUGCCAAAUGUUAUUUGGCUACAGGUGCCAGUUUUGAUGCGGCAAAAGUCAUUGCCAAGAAGAACGACAUGACCACACUCAGGAUGGCGGCCAGCGUGGCGAAGAUUGGCGGCGAGGACUCUCUGGCUCACGCAAUCUCGCUGAGAUGUGCCAAAGACCUGGUCGCUGCUCAGAACUGGACAGUUGCCCAGCAAGUACUGAGUACACAGGACAGUCUGCUGGUUCACCGGCUUCAUUUCUGCGUGUCGGAGCUGCUGACGUCGGCGCUGGUGCCGGCGGGCACGUUGACGCAGUCCUGUGCUUCCACUCACGCCUGGUCCUCCUCAUAUGAGCGUCAGGGGAGCAUCCAGGAGCGGAUCCGAGCUGUGUGGGAGGAGGAGUUUGGUGUUUCUGAGACAACACCGGACACUGUCGGGACACUCUUGCAGGAUCUGAAGGCUGUGGAGAAUCCUCAGCCUGCUCCCACCAUGUCAGCCAAACAGGUCCUGAUGUGUUCAUCUCUCCAGCUGACGGAGGCUGUGUUAUGUUGGUUGGUGUUGGAUGAUGGAGGGAUGAUGAAGGCAUUCUGGCAGACAGUAAACUGGCCGACAGAAGCCGGUUUUCUUUCUCUCUCUGCAGGAAUAUGCAAACUGCUUUUCCCCGACGGUGACGUCGGUGUUUGUUUGCAGAAGUUUCAGAAGAGAUUUAAUCCCACCGAGGAACAGGCCAGUGCUGCUGCAGACAGCCUGCAAGCAUUCCUGCAGUACCACCUCCUGUAUGAGAGAUGGUGGAGCCACAGUCUCUGUCAAUCAGACAGCAACCAGCCAUCAACCCAGAAUGGACACAGCAGCUCUUUCUCCUCAGCGACUGAUGCCCAGAAUAGUGACGAGAUGGAGAAGGUGACAGAGGGACAUUUGCCCAAGUCAGCAGUAAAUGACAGUGCUAUGAUGGCAUCCAGCAUUGAGAGCACCAAUACUGACAUCAAAAACGCCCUUGACGUCUCCAUCCUUCUAUCCGAGCCCCAUGCCGCCUAUCAGGCCAUGCAAAAGUCGAUGGCAGAGAUCCACAAGAAGAUCUCCAACAUGGUGGUGCAGCACCAAGGACCGCCAGCUGAACCCAGAGAGCACCGGGCAACCCCCAGUGACCCUGCACCUACAGACGACCGAGACUCCAACGAUACCGAGAAAAGACCCGAAGACCAAGAAACUCUGCUGACGCUGUCUGUCAAGAUGUCCCAGUACCAGAGGAGCCUUUCUGACCUGCCGCAGACACUCCAGAUGUACCCCCGCCCGGAUGUGAUGGAGUGCUGUUUAGUUCUGCUGUACCUGAGCAGGUGUUCUGCUGCGGUCUCAGAAUCCCUACAGGAAGAAGCCAAAAAGCUGCUCCGCAAAUACGGAACGAGUCGCCCGCUGCAGAAAGCGUCCAUGCCAUUCCUCACAGAACAGAUUCCCUGACGCGUUUUGUUUGAGAAACGCAGACUGACGUCCGUUCAAAACCUUCUUUCGUAGAUACUUGUCUCUGUGUACAGCUGACAACUUUUUCUUUUCUUUUUUUUUAUGAGGAGGGUUGAAAAUCCCUCGGCCUGGAUGUCAUAUUUCCACUGUACAACCAUAUGUUGAGUCAAAUCUUUAAUAAAUAGUGUGCUGUCAAACUGACUUCAGGGUUUUUAAGUUGGGCUGGGUGAUAGACAGAAUCAAAUAUUACAGUAUUUUUUACUGUAUAUCUCAGUAAUGUAAUAUUUUGGG